AUGCCAUGAACCGGAAGCAAAACAAAGGAGCGCCUCUAUUCCCCGGUUCGCUUCCUGGGUCAGCGUGAGGCUAAGCAUCAGUUUUAUGCUGAAAUGUCUCCGUAGAACAAGUCCUUGCACCUUCAAAUGGAUAUCCUUCCAUUAUGGAUCAUUUCUUUUCUGUGCAUAUUACAAUACACAUAUGCACAGAACAAAUGUCCAGAUGUUAUGCAACAACUUUUGAAAGACGGCUUUCAUAGAGAUCUCUUGAUUAAGAUAAAUCUUGGUAUAUUUGAUGAAGGAAUAAGAAACUGCACAGUGGCAACUAAAGUACAUCUUCCCAGAGGAUUAUAUGUGGACCCCUAUGAACUGAUAUCUUUGCAAAAGUACAAUCUCACUGAGGCUUUAGUAAUUUCAGAUAAUAUAGAUUUGGAAGUUCCUGAAUACUUGGCCACAGAUAUUACUGUCCUUGUUUACAUGAAACCUGAUUCUGAAUGCCAAUUCUGUUUUAAAGCAUUAUUACCUUUGCAUUGCCGAUAUCACCGGCCAACAAAGGAUGAUGGAAGAAUCUUUACUGUACUGCAGAGUCCAGAAAUAUUGAUCAGUUGCCAGAAAACUUUUCUCUCAGUGGAUUGCUUGCAAGAAACUGAAAUAGAAGCCCCCUGUUCCCAACAGAGUAUUAAUAUGUGCCGCUGGGAUAGUUUGAAGCUCAAAAAUGUUAAGAAGUUGAAACUGCAGAUACCAGUUGGAUUCAAUCAUCACUUUACAUUGGUAUGCGCCGGGACUCUUAUCACUACAAUAUUAUGUUCCAGUCUUAUCCUUUCAUCUUUAUACAAACAUGGACAUUUCUUCUUUGUUCAAGGCUCACUGUGAAACCAAACAAGAUUUUAUUGCUGACUCAUCAUAGGGGAAAAAAAAGGUUGUCUAAAUACAACUGAAAGACAAAGAAUGAGAAAAGUAUGGGCUUACAUCAUAGAUUGGAUGCGGGUCAUGUACAUUUUGGUGUCAAACGUGCUUUGCUGUAUAUAAUCUGAUAUAUUUUUGCUCUAGAAUUUUUGCAAUCCUUCCCAAAUAGGCUUUUGAAUGUCAGUUUAAUAUAAAAUUGUUGAAUAUGAGAAUUCAAUAGGGGAAAUCAACCACACCAUUAAAACUGAAUUCUAAGUGGCAGUAGCACUGUAUUCAAUUUCAGUUUGUAAACAAUAAACUAGAUGAAUUUGAUGCCCAGAGGGAAUAAUACAGCAGGUGGAAUUACCCCAAGCAAUGACAAAACACUGGAUGUAAAUCAUUAGCCGUGAAAAUACGAGGAAAUACAGAAAGGAAAUUGCUUCAUUAAUGGAAAAAAUGAGUGCUUCCAAGCUUUCUCAGUUUUUCUAUUCCUAGCAAGCUUUCCAUAUCACCAGGGGGCAUUAAACAGCUGCAAUUAUGUAAAUAAGUUUUAAAAGAAAAGAUCCAAGAUUUUGUGUUGAAUAUCUGAUCAUUUCUAUAUGGUAUCAAAAAUGAAAACCUACUUUCCCCCUGUUUUUAUAGAAAUAAAAAAGUUGGACCAACUCCAGUAUGUUUAUAGAAAUAAAAAUAUCCAAUAAAUAUGGCCCGAAACACACUUUCUCACCUUUAGAUUUUUUUUCUUAUUUGUGCUGGUAUUAUUGCUUGUGUAUUUUGUUGUAACCUGUCUUUUUAAUUAUCCAAUGUUAUUUUUGGGUCUCUAUAAAAUAAAAAAAACCCUUUAUUUCUAACUCCCUUGUUAUUUCUAAAAGCUUGUUUUUUUGACAUCUUUCACUGAUGUGUUAAUUUAGUAUACUGGUCAUUUGUUCUCCCUGUACAAAUUGUAGAGCGAUGAGAGCAUUUGAAAAUAUUUCAGCUACUAUCUCAGGCUUAGCAUAAAGGGCGAGAUGGAAAGAUACUGCAUUUUUACAAUGCAGAAUUUUGUUAGAAUAAUGUGUAGUACGUAAUGAAAGGUCAUCAAUGAGCCAUUCUUGCUCAUCUUAAUUCCUUUUGGAUUAAUGUUGAUCUGAAAAAGUUUUAUUCUACAUCUUUUUAUCUCUGUAUUAGAAGCUGAUCUGUUCUUGUAAUUAUGUUGUCAUGUUUACAUUUUUCUUUUCCAGUAAAAGCAUAUUAAAGACAUUAUAGUAAA